GCACCGUACGGAGGGGUCCGAAAGGGUGGAAAAGCCACCCCCUCAACUCCGCCACCGCCAUGGCCUGUGUGGGAGACAGCGGCCAGAAACGGGUAAUCCAGUUGACUGGGUUCAAAGGACAAGAGAAAAAGGCGCUGCUCAAAGGGCUCCUCAAACUGGACUGUGUUAUUUUGGAUGACAAGAAAUACAGAAACUGUACACAUCUUAUAGCGAAAAAGCUGUGCAGGAGUGAAAAGUUUUUAGCUGCCUGUGCAGCAGGAAAGUGGAUACUAACUAAGGAGUACAUAAUUAAUAGUGCUGAAAGUGGCAGAUGGCUUGAUGAAACAACGUAUGAAUGGGGAUAUGAAAUUGAAAAAGACAGCCAUUAUUCACCUCAAAUGCAGUCUGCACCUAAAAGGUGGCGCAGAGAACUGACACAGUCCAGUGCUCCAGGGGCCUUCCAUGGAUGGAAAGUUGUCCUCCUUGUUAAUGGAGGUGAUAAACAAAUGGAAUCUAUUAGAAGAAUUCUUCAGGCUGGGAAGGCAACCAUAUGUUCAUCUCUAGAUCCAGAGGAUGGUAUUACUCAUAUAUUUGUCAACAGCAAUGUUUUUCCUAUGCAAGCUCAAUACUACCCUUUGCAAUAUCUAGGAGAUUACCUUCUUGAGAACGAAAUACAAAAUACUGAGGAUACCCAAAGAAACAGUUUCCUGUCUGCAAAGGGAACAGACCAAGUGAUAGCCAACAUGCAGCUUGCUGAAAUGAAAAGUGCUGUUAUAAAACAUAUAUAUUUUGCAGAGGCUGCUAAGCACAGGUUUGCUCAAAAAGACCAGCUAAGGAAAUGCAGUCCAGAGGUUAAAAAUACUCACGUGUCCAGAGGCAUGUGGCAUGUACUGGAAGGAUUAGUGGAAGAGAAUUUAUUUAAUGAUUUAAUCACAGAACUUGCUGGACAGAUGUACUCUACACCUCCCGUGCCACUUCUUCAUUCCCUUCUAGAAUAUGCCCUGUUGGGAAAUAGUGAUGGGAUAUUUUAUGCUCAACUUAAUCGCAUUUUGUACCUCGUUCUCCAAUGUGAUCCCCCUUGGAAGUCUCCAUCUAUGUUAAAGUAUUACUUGGAUCUUCUGCAGUGUCCUAUCUGUAAGAGAGGCACAUGGUCCUUUAUAGAGAUGCUUGUCAGAUCUUGCCUUUAUUGCAAAGCCACUUGUCAUGCAGUCUCGGGGAGAGAAGAUGAACAGAAGAUCAUUCAUAAAACACUAUUGAAGUUUUUCUUGGAUUUAGUAAAGGCUGAAGUAGAAUUUCUGACAAAAAGUUUGGUUGAAGGGACCAAUUCACAGCAUCAGCAAGUCAUGCCACAGACAGUUCUUCUGAAGACCUUUUGGCUAGGAAGUGAAACCUCACUGCUUUUUACCAAACACAUAAAUAUUCUAGCAGAUUGGGUCAUACUUUCCCAUAGGGAACUGAACAGAAAAAACGAUGCUUUCAGACAUGAAAUAGUUGGCCUGUUAAAUGGGAUUCUUGGAACAGUGGUGGAAUAUUGGAUCAUCUCAAGUUUGCUCAUGGACAGAAAUGUGCUUCAUCAAAUAGGUGAUGAUUUGGCACAUUAUAUUGCCAUUUCAUGUGAUGAUUUUUCAAUAAGCGAAUUAAAAAUAUUUAUCUGUUCCAUACCAUCCCUCUGGCUUCAAAUGUAUAUUGCAGAAGCAGUUUUAAAAAAAAUGUGUUUACAGAGGAACAUAACUUUUUCUGUGGAACCUCUUUCUCUUCAGAAAAUAGUUUGUUCCUAUUUGCCUGCUCUGCGAGAGGUGGGGAUGCCUGAGACAGGAAAGAGACACAUAGGAAAGGAAAAGAAAAUAAGGCAAUGGCCAUGCCCUAAGUCUCAGAGGGCAUUACAGAUGCUAAAUGGUGAUAAGCAGAACCAAGUCAAAGUGCUGCCUGAUCUACCACACUUAAGCUUUCCAUUGGCAAAGAGGCGUAGAACAGAAGCAAAAGUUGGGGCUUCAAGCACCAAAGAGAAUCACUACUCUUUGGCUAAAGAGGAACGUUUCAACAGGAGAAAUGCUGCAGGGGAGACAGCCCUGCAUAAAGCUUGCAUAAGUAACAAAGUGGAGAGCUUGGUUCAGCUUCUCUCUUCCUCUGGAGCAGACAUUAAUGCUAGAGACUUUGCUGGCUGGACGCCUUUGCAUGAAGCCUGUAACCAUGGCAGCACAGUGUGUGUCCAAGAAAUUCUGCAGCGUUGUCCAGAGGUGGACCUGCUCAGUCAAGUGGACGGGGUGACUCCUUUGCAUGAUGCCCUGUCAAAUGGACAUGUGGAAAUUGGCAAGCUGCUACUCCAGCACGGGGGACCAAUACUUCUACAGCAGAGGGACUCCAAUGGAAAAUUGCCACUGGAUCAUCUUGAGUCCAUAGAAGUAAAGCAAGAACUUUUGAAUGUUGUUCAUCCAGAAGAGAACAUUGAAAGCUUUUAUCAACGCACACAACAAGAUUUUGACAGUCAGCAGAGAGAGCUGUGGUUGAUUUUAUUUAGCAAGAUGCUGCUGAACUUCUGUUCAGUGUAUAAUCUGUCUUCCCCCUUUACUUUAACUCUCAGAGAGGUAUCUUGUUCCAAUGGGCUUCCAGUAAUGGCUUCUGAUAUGAGGAAGAUGAAAAGUGCAUUUUCUGCAGAUUGGUUAGUAGGUAGAUAUUUUAGAGAGGUAGAAACUUUUGAAAAGUUACCAAGGUUUCUUCAAGACAUAUCUGCAGUCAUGGCUUUUUUCCCUGGAGAACAGAUGAAGGCUUUAUUAGCAACUCUGGAAACUAUGGUAGAGGGCUAUCACUUCUUUACUUAAAUCUUUUUUAAAGUUAUUUUCCAGACAGGCUACAUUGGUUGAAUCUAGUCUGUUAACCAUUGAUAUUGGGCUAAUGUUUUUUUCUGGCAACCAAAGAAGUACAAAGUUCGCAAUAUAUGAGCCCUACAUAUUAUUAUAUCCCAUCUUAUUUAUAAUUUUUCUCUACCAGAACUCAGGAGUCGGAUUAUUUAAUACAUUUUUUUAGACAUUUUUUUUCCAAAACCCAUACCUCCUAGUUGUCUGGCAGAUCUGGAUGCCUGUGACCACCUUGAGAGGGUUCUGUAUCAUUUGUUCUAAGCCAAAGUUGGUGUUUUCUGACAUGGAUAUUUGUUACCCAUCUGAUACCGUUG